AUGUCCUCUCCGAACUCACCUCCAGAUCCAAGUCUGCUCACCACAUACGAGUACAUCAUUAAAGACCAGUCUAUUCUCAGCAAGCUCAAAUGGGUGCAUACAAUCAUCGGUGAACAGAACACCCAGUCAAAGCUCGCGCAGACGCUCACACAGUACUACCACUUCAGAACAACCUCCCUGAACUCUGGGCCCUCCUCAACUUUGUCUGCCAGAAGAUCUUCAACUCCGUCAAAUUAUUCGACAAAUGGUUCAACACGCUGUUGGCGGACUCGGUUGCAGCCAUUCGUUUGAGGAGAGCGAAUUUGCCGAAUGAGUGCGCUGCAGAGUCAGCUAUGAAGAAGCAUAAGAUGAUUGCUAAUGGGAAGAAUGACAAGGGCAAAUCUGGAGGCGUGAAGGGUCUGAGUAAUGAGCUGAUGCAGUCAACAUCUGUUCUUAUUCAAGACUGUUGAGGACA